GGCGGCGCUGUUCGCUUUGACGUCACCGCGCUGUCGCUCAAUCUGUGACGUGGAUUUUCAUUGAGGCAGUCAGUGCUGCCAAAUACACAGACUCACCGACGUCCCACAGCUUCUGUCUGCUAACUUUCUCCGCAUUUAGAAGUCGGGACAGUGAUCGUCGUCCCUUCGUUCAUCGCUCGUCGACACACGUCGGUCACAGAGACUCCAGAAUGAGUAAAAACAGCAAAGUGUUGAACCUGAAGGAUAAAAUCAGCGGGAAUGAGAUGGACCUGAGCCUGUGUAACCUCACCGAGGUGCCCGUCAGAGAGCUGGCUUUAUUCACCAAAGCAACUGUACUGGACCUUUCUUGUAACAACAUCACCUCCCUCCCUCCAGAGUUCUGCAACCUGACCCACCUGGUGAAGGUGGACCUGAGUAAAAACCAGUUGACCUGUCUGCCAGACGACCUGGGGAACCUGAGCAGCCUUCAACAUCUGGACCUCUACAACAACAAGCUGAAUGUCCUGCCUGUCAGCUUCUCUCAGCUCAGGAGUCUGAAGUGGUUGGAUCUGAAGGAUAACCCGCUGGAGGCCGGCCUGGCCAAGGCAGCAGGGGACUGUCUGGAUGAGAAGCAGUGCAAACAGUGUGCCACCAAGGUUCUGCAGCACAUGAGGGACAUCCAGGAAGAGGUCGAUCGCACACGAGAGAAACGCCUUCUGAGGGAAAAAGAGCUGGAGAAGAAGAGGGAGGCGAAGCAGAGGGAGCGGGAGGCCAGAGAGAGGGAGGCUCGUAAACGGGAGAAGGCGGAGGAGAAGGAGAAGAGGAGGAAAGAGUACAACGCUCAGAUGGCGGCUGCAGCAGCUCGGGAGCAACAGAAGAAGAAGAGCGAGGAGAAGAAGAAGAAGAAUGGACAGGCAGCAGCAGAUAAAAAGGUCGCUGUAGAAUCGACAGCAAAACCUCGACGGUCUCUCAUUGGCCUGGUGUUCAAGCUCCUCCUCCUGCUGCUUCUGGGAUUGGCUGGAGUCGCGGCCACCUGCCGACUGACAGACCUGCAGAAGGAAGCCAUGUGCGUGCCGGUCAACGUCGCCGUGGACGACGGCCUCACCUGGGCCAAAGAGCAGGAGGGCGUGGUCAGACAGCUGGUGCAAAAUCUGUCAACUGCAGCGAAGGAGUUUCUUGAGUCAACGCAAGCGACCAAGAACUAAACUCUCAUCUGCCUCCAUCUGCUUCAGGAGCUGCAGGCUUUCCUUCCUGUGAAUCCUGGGAUUUAUUAUUUUUUUUUUUAAUCUGCUGAAAUCAUGAAUCUCGUUAAGAUGGGCAACGCUGCAUCGCCCUCACCCUCUGUGUUUGAGGGUGCUGGGAGGUGAAGAGUCUGUGCAGAGAGACGAAGGGGGAUGGACAGAUGUGUUCAAAUCAUCUUAAAUUCCUAUGGAAUUGUUGUCACUCUUGUACCCUCUUUGUACUACAGCCUGUUUUUAAAAAAACAACACAUCAUCUUUAAUGCCUCCCUGUCGCCCGUGUUCUGCACUGUGGCCUGAACACAGAGCUGGUUUGUGUUUCGGUGAAUUACACGGAGCGUGGGUUGUAUUUAAGAGAUGUUCAGUGAAAUGUCAGGUGGCCCUGUCUGUGCUGCACCGGAGUGUCGAGUCACAUGUCAGCUGCCAGUCAGAGCUGAGCAUCAGUCGGUGUUUGGCAGUCUGAGCAUGUGCAGCGAAGGCUGUGUGAAUGUAGAACUCACUCGUCUGUGGCCUCCUCUGUCUUUAUAGUCUUACAUCAGUCAAAGCAGCUAAAUCUCACAGCUAAAACACAUCAGCCCAACUGAUACAUGAGUGGAUUUUUUUUAAUCUUUUCCCGGAUAUAAAUAAUGCUAUCAGGCUAACAACUAACAAGAAAGUGAAGCACAGAAAGUUAUAUUUGAGGUCUUUAAGGCGUUGUCCACGUUUACAGAUAUUUAUCCCUGUCAUAAAAAAAGAUUAAACAUAAUUCUGUCCACAAGACCAUUAUGCCAAGAACACCAAAACAAUUCAACAACAGGUCGAUCAACAAGAGAAGGACAAUUCUGAACAUGCGUAGCAAAUUUUUCCUAUUUAAACAAAAUGAUUCAAAGCAGUUCUUAGACCUCACAGUGCAAAUUAAACAUUUGCAUUGGUGCUAACCAACCAAACCACUAGUGCUCUGUUGUUGUUUCAGGCGGCUGCUCAUCAUAAAAAACAUCGGCCUUGGCAAGUUGAAGUGAUGAUGUAUUUAUUUUCCAGAUGCUUCUGUUUACACGCCCAUACAGACGCAUCGUUCUGAGAAAUUCUAGCUUUAUUUUAUAAAUCUCUGUUUAAGUGACUGAGAGGCCAAAACACAAAAGAAAAUCUAUAGUUUUGCAAAACAUCAGACAAGUGUGGACGAGGCCUUUGGUACAGUGUUGUUAUCAGAUCGACUGUCCACCAGAGAGCAAAAUGUCUGUUCGGUCCUCAGUAUUAUACUGCAAUGAUAAAUCAAUACACAAAUUUAGUUGUUGAUUAUUUGUUUCUGUUGAUUGAUGGACCAAUUAGUUGAAUAAUUAUUUCAGCUUUGGUUUAUCUUAAAAAAAAUCAUCUGAUAAAUUAUAAUUUGUUUUUCUGACCUUUCAAACAGUCACAUCUGUGUUGGCCUCAAGUGUUUACUGUUCUCUAUGAAAAGAUCUGUGUUUGAAGAACCACAUCAGUAAAGUGCUGCGGUCAGGAUCCUUAAAUCAUCUGGUGAAUUAGGAUUGUGUGCUGAUCUGGAACAAACAGUCCAAUGUCUUAAUUUCCUCUAAUCAGUCAACAUCACGAACUACAGAAUUAAGAGACGCAUGUCAGAUUAUUUUACUCUUCUUUCAGUUAAACUUGUGACUUCUGAUCUGAUUUUUAUUUGUUGGGACGUCUUGAUGCAAAAAAAAGAGGAAGCUGCCUUUGCUGCUGCGGUUGUUGUACAGCUCUGUCCAUGCUCAAACAUUGUCAGCGUCAAUAAAUGGCUAUGCACUGCAAGAAA